UGUGUGCACACUGGCAAAGGCGUGAAAAUAAUUAUUAAAAAACAGCUCUUUGUUGUUAUUAUUGUUUAUUAAUACCUGCCCAGUGAUAUUAUUGUCGUUGUUAAUUAAAGCACACACCUGCAGGCACCUACACAUAGAAACACAGAGUACAGUCGGCACGGGCGAGGGGAAUCCCACGUAGAAUGUGAGAAAGAUGCGCAUGCGCGGACGAAGAUUGCUUCCGAUUAUUUUGUCGCUACUCUUGAUCGUCCUGCUGAGCCUGUGCUACUUUUCGGGUCACCUGCGGGAUUCCAGGGAGUCCCCCGUCGACCAGUUCCUGCUGCACUUGCCCCCCGAAGCGGAGGAGGAGCCACCUAACCCCAAUCCUCAGCCGAAGCCAGCCAAUCCUCUCCUGAAUCUCACAGAUUUCCAGUACCUGCUGGCCAGCAAUGUGUGCCGCAAGGCGGAAAGGGAACUCCUGGCCAUUCUGAUAGUCACCUCCUAUGCCGGACACGAUGCCCUGCGUUCUGCCCACCGACAGGCGAUUCCCCAGAGCAAGCUCGCCGAGAUGGGCCUGCAGAGGGUCUUCCUGCUGGCCGCCCUGCCCGCGCGAGAGCGUUUCAUCAGCCAGGAGCAGCUGGCCAGCGAGCAGCAGCGCUUCGGUGAUCUUGUCCAGGGCAACUUCAUCGAGGACUAUCGCAAUCUGAGCUACAAACACGUAAUGGGUCUGAAGUGGGCCUCGCAGGAGUGCAGGAACCAUGCCAAGUUCAUCAUCAAACUGGACGACGACAUCAUCUACGAUGUCUUCCAUUUGCGCAGAUACUUGGAGGCCCUGGAAGUGGGUCAACCUGGACUGGCCACCUCCAGCACACUGCUAUCGGGCUAUGUGCUGGAUGCCAAGCCACCGAUACGCCUGCUGGCCAACAAGUGGUAUGUCAGCAAAAAGGAGUAUCCACACGCCUUGUAUCCGGCCUAUUUGUCCGGCUGGAUGUAUGUGACCAAUGUGCCAACGGCCGAGAGGAUUGCCGCCGAGGCGGAGAGGGCAUCGUUCUUCUGGAUCGACGACACCUGGCUGACUGGGGUGGUGCGCACCCGUUUGGGCAUUCCGCUGGAGCGGCACAACGAUUGGUUCUCCGCCAAUGCGGAGUUCAUCGACUGCUGUGUGCGGGAUCUCAAGCAGCACGGCUACGAGUGCGAGUACUCCGUGGGACCCAAUGGCGGCGACGAUCGCCUGCUGGUGGAGUUCCUGCACAACGUGGAGAAGUGCUACUUCGAUGAGUGCGUCAAACGGCCGGCGGGCAAAUCGCUCAAGGAGACCUGCGUGGCGGCGGCCAAGUCCCGUGCCCCGGAACAUGGUUUGGCUGAAGUGAAGCCACUGCGGCUGAGGUGACCUUGGACCUCCUGGACACGGACACAUGGGCCCACCACCAUGGCCACCACUUCCACCGGCGAAGCCAGCUCAGUAACUAGUAACUAAGGACUUCCAUGUGCAAGAGGACGCGAGAGGAAAUAUCAUCCUCCCGUCACUCAUCCUAGCUUGUAGCUUAGCCUAGGUAUUGCAAUCAGGGGUGACCCAGAAAUCUUUCCCAACCGAAUUCCUCAAAUCUGAGCCAAUUGGCUCCGAAACACAUCUAAAAACUACAAAUUUUGGUAUAUAGAUGGAUUUCUUGAGUAUCUCUGUAUAUUAUAUAUUAUAUUACGCCCCAGAGAUGCAGGAACUUGCCUUUUUACCACUUUUAUGAUGAUUUGUUAAUUUAAAUUGAUUCGUACAUUGUGCAAAUGACAAUAUACUGCAGAGAAGUAUUCUAUCUUCAAGAUUAUAUGGUAAUAAGUUGUAUGUCCUCUGAAUUUACUUACCGAAUUUACUCAAAUUUGUGGAUCAUUUGAUUUGUUGUGAAAAUCUUGAAUUGCAAAUGAUGGUUUUACGUCAAUAUCAUUCAUUCAGCUUAAAAAGACAUAAUCUUUAGCUUGGGACCAUUUUAGUUUUCAUGACUAGAGCCGGAUUAUUAAUCAAAUCGCAUUGAUAAAUUCAGUUAUAGUAUAAGCAGAGUAGUAACAAUAUUGUAACAAUAAAGUUUUCAACUUAAACAGACUCCGUCCUCAUCAGAUUGUUAGAUCUUAAUAUUUGUCUAGCGAUUAAUUAUGAAUAAAGCCCGCAUUUAUACAAUGUAA